AUGUCCGGUAGGAUAUUAUUGUUAUUGGUUGCUGGAGUUACUAUAGUGUCCGGAAGAUCACCGCAAUCUGACUACAUUGAUGAUCUAGUCAGGACUGAGAGGUACAGUCAACGAUUUUCAAACAAUGUAAAGGAAGAUGCUAAAUUGGACGUACCCGAGCUUAUUAAAAAAUACAAAUAUCCAUUGGAAGUGCAUGAGGUGACGACUCCAGAUGGAUACAUUCUGCAGAUGCAUCGCAUUCCGCACGGCAGGGUCCAGAACAAUGUGCCCGGUACAAAGAGACCCGUUGUGUUUUUGAUGCACGGUUUACUUUGUUCUUCAGCUGAUUGGAUUAUAUCAGGGCCUGGCAGUGCCUUUGGUUACAUUCUCGCCGAAGAGGGAUUUGAUGUUUGGAUGGGCAACGCACGUGGAAAUUAUUACUCACGCAAUCAUGUUGAAUUGAAUCCUGAUAAUACAGAUUUCUGGGAUUUUUCUUGGGAUGAAAUUGGCCAUAUUGACCUACCAACAAUGAUAGAUCAUGCUUUAGCAGAAACAGGAAAUGAGAAAAUUCAUUAUGUAGGUCAUUCUCAAGGCACGACAGCUUUCUUAGUCUUAUGCUCUCUCCGUCCCGAAUACAACGACAAAAUAAUUUCCAUGCACGCAUUCUCUCCUGUUGCAUUUAUGGCGCACAAUGAAAGUCCUGUAUUAAACGCUAUAGCUCCGUUUGCUAACAGUAUCAAGAUUCUGGCAUCUCUCAUCGGCAUUGGUGAAAUAAUGCCAAACUCUAUGUUACUAACAUGGGCCGGACAGAUAUUUUGCAAAGAUAGCGCCAUCACUCAAGAAAUCUGUAGCAAUAUAUUGUUCGCUGUUGGGGGAUGGAACGAUGCACAUCUUAACACUACAAUGAUGCCAGUUAUAUUUGGCCACACUCCUGCCGGUUCGUCAGUUAAACAGUUUGCUCAUUACGGCCAAAGUAUCGCCACGAAGGAAUUCCGUCGUUACAAUCAUGGCUUUGUGAAGAACUUAAGACUGUACGGCCGUCGAAGUCCGCCUAAAUAUGAUUUGUCUAAUAUUGUUGUACCCAUAUUUUUCUAUUAUUCCGACAACGAUCCUUUAUCUCAAAGUAAAGACGUUUAUCGUUUAUAUGAAGAAUUGGGAAGUGAAAGUAAAGUAUUGUUACCUUUGCCAUCAUUCGGACAUUUAGAUUACCUUUGGGGUAUAGACGUUAAACCAUUGUUGUAUGAUACAGUGGUACAAUUGAUGGAGGUUUUAGAAGACCAGUAAUUUUAUAAAACGACUGAAAUUUGUAUAUAAACUAUUGCAUAAC